AUGCCCGAAUUACCACCCUCCUCCGACGAAGCAGCGACGACGGCGCCAAGGAAGAAAGUGCGGAAACUGAAGUAUGAGAAGGUGUUUUUGGAUAACUUGCCGUCGGCGGAUAUGUAUGAGCGGAGUUUGAUGCACCGGGAUGUUGUGAAUUUCGUUGCUGUUACGUCAACGGACUUCCUGAUAACAACAUCGAUUGACGGGCACGUCAAGUUCUGGAAAAAGACCGAGAAGGGAAUAGAGUUCGUCAAACAUUUCCGGGCGCACCUGGGCGCCAUCGUCGCGAUCGACACUAGCCAUGAUGGGACGCUGUUGGCGACGUGCGCGGUCGAUAAGGGGUUGAAGAUCUUUGAUGUUGUCAAUUUUGAUAUGAUAAAUAUGAACAAGCUAGAGUACUUGCCGAACGCUGUGUGCUGGAUGUACCAAAAGGGGCAGGCACAGGCGCUUCUAGCAUGCUCCGACCGCGAAUCCUCAUCAAUAUACCUAUACGACGGCCGGGGAAGCAACGACCCCCUGAAAGUCAUCACCAGCAUCCAUUCGAGCACCGUACAUAUCAUGCGCUACAACGCGUUCGCGGACGUGGUGGUCAGCGUGGAUAGCGGGGGCAUGGUGGAGUACUGGACGCCGGAUUUGGAGGAAGGAUUUAGGGCGCCGACGAAACCGGCUGUUGCUUGGGAAUUUAAGAGUGAUACGGAUCUUUACGAGUUUAAGAAGGCCAAAUCAACACCAACCGGCCUCACAUUCUCCGCUGACUUCCGCAAAUUUGUCACCUUCGGCUUCGACGACCGCCAAAUCCGCAUUUUCAACUUCACCACCGGCAAGCUGAUCCGCAAAUACGACGAGUCGCUCACCGUCGUCUCCGAGAUGCAGCAAGCCGGGACCGCCAUCCACCGCCUCGACGACAUGGAAUUCGGCCGCCGCCUCGCCCUUGAACGCGAGAUCGAGAAAAUAAAAGGCGGCCAAUCCGCAACCGUCAACGCCAUCUUUGACGAAACGGGCAAUUUCGUCAUCUACCCCACGCUGUUAGGAAUAAAAGUGGUCAACAUCACCACCAACAAAGUCGUCCGUCUGAUCGGAAAAGCCGAAACACAACGCUUCAUGAACCUCGCGCUGUACCAAGGCGCGCCCCGCAAAAAGGGCCUGAUGACCCUCGAAAUGGCCGCCUCGGAUAACCCGGCGCUGAAAGAAACCGAGUCCACUGACCCGACGCUAUUUGCCACGGCAUAUAAACGUAACCGCUUCUUCUGCUUCUCCCGCCGCGACGCCGACUCGGACGACUCGACUGCCACAUCGACGGGGCGAGACAUCUUCAACGAGAAACCCUCCCGCGAGGAACAAACCGUCGCGGCAUCCCAAACCAACCUCGCACGAACCCUCGGCUCCUCCGCCAUCAUCCACACCACCCACGGCGACAUCCACCUCCGUCUCUUCCCCGAAUACGCGCCGAAAGCGGUCGAGAAUUUCGUCGGCCUGGCCAAAAAGGGGUACUACGAGAACGUGAUCUUCCAUCGGGUGAUCAAAGGGUUCAUGAUCCAGACGGGGGAUCCGUUGGGGGAUGGGACCGGCGGGGAGAGUCUGUGGGGGAGUGAUUUCGAGGAUGAGUUCUCGAGGGCGGUGAAACAUGAUCGGCCGUAUACGUUUAGCAUGGCGAAUGUGGGGCCGAAUACGAAUGGGAGUCAGUUUUUUAUUACGACUGUUGCUACGCCCUGGCUGGAUAACAAACACACCAUCUUUGGCCGCGCGACUGGCGGUAUGGAUGUCAUACAGCGCAUCGAGCAGACAAAGACCGACAAGACCGACAAGCCGUACGAGGAUAUCAGGAUCCUUAGCAUCGAGGUCAGGUAG